UUGGGUGACUUUAGUUGACGUUAUUACGGAAGUGUGUUGCAUGAGUUUACUUGUGAUUUCAUGUUGAUUUCUUUUUGCAUUCAUUGAACAUUUCUGUCAGUUUAUAAAUCAGUAUUGUUCUGUUGUUUGCUGUUAAACUCUUCAGAUUGGACCAGUUCAUUCUGCAGCCUCGUUUAUAAAGAGAACAGAGUUUAAACCAGUUUAAAUCAGUAUAAUAAUUAUAAUAACUUGUGAGUAUAAUGACAGAUAAAGUUGGUGCUCCUGCAGCCCGGGUGGUGCUGCAGCAGUGUCUGCAGGCCAGACUGCAGGUGAGACCAGCAGAGGACCAAUCAGAGGCCCAGUUCGUCCAGAUCGACAGAGGAAUGGUGAUUUAUAUCUGUUUCUUUAAAGGAGCCACAGACGACAUCCUGCCCAAGAUGGUGUCCACGCUGUUGAACCUGCGGCUGUGUGAGUCCGACUCGGGGAAGAUGGCGUCGGUGCUGGAGCUCCCCGGCAGCGUGCUGAUCGUCCCUCAGGCCACGCUGGGCGGGAAGGCCAAAGGCAGGGCCAUGCAGUACCACAACAACAUCAGCAAAGAGGACGGGCUGCGGCUCUACGGGGCCUUCGUCUCUCUGUGCGAGAAGGAGCUGACGGCUGCUUCGGCUGAUGUGACGGUGAAACACGGGACGUAUGGAAACAGACAGGUGCUGAAGCUCGACACCAACGGACCUUACACACAUCUGAUGGACUUCUGAGGAAUGAAGCUUUGCUAGUGACGUCACGGAGGUCAAAACUGUCUCUCAAAGGACCAGUGGGUGGCAUUUCGGGGGAUCUAUUAGCAGAAAUGGAAUAUAAUAUUCAUAACUGUGUUUUCAUUAAAGAACAUAUAUUACCAAGAAGUGAAAGUCAAUUGUUUGUUCCAUUGCAA